CUGAAGUUUCUCUAUCAACCUCGUUAUCAAUGUUUCUUGCUGGCUUUAUUGUAUCUUUACUUGGCGUAUAUGCCGCUCCCAGCCCGUUGAACAACGUGCGCGUACAUGUCACCACGAAGGACUUCUGCAACAAGGACCUCAAAGACGCUCAUGGGAAUCCGGCGCCUUGCGGUGUUUCCCAAUCUAUGGGGACUUUCGGGCUCACCCUCCCAGGAAUGGAAGAUGGUUUUGUGACCACCAGAGAGGAUAUCAUCAUCACUAAGGACGGCCAGGUGUCGAUCAAGGCGUUGCCUAACUACCCUUACCAAUUCAUCAUGACAGUGGAAGCCCUCGAGUCCACGCGUGUUGAGCAACUGUACGACCACCAGUCGGUCGUUCUUGUCGAUACACCAACUAGCAGCUACGUUCAACGCCUGCUUAGUAUGGACACUGCAGAUCUCGAGGAGCAGGGUUGGAUCCACGAGGGAACCGCUGACAUCCACGGUGCUAAGAUGAGUAGAUGGUCUAAGAAGGGGCCUGAAGGUGUCGACCCUGAGGCCGGCACUAACUACACGGCUCUCUAUCAAACUGGUCUUAUGCCUGACACUUGGGUUCUCUUCGUGGAUGAGAAUAUCCACCAGCCUGUGAAGUUGCUGGCUAUCAACACUUAUGUUGGCAACAAGAUCUUCCAAGAAACCGCCUUUGAUCGCUUCGAGGGUCUUGACGAGGACCUCAACGUGGACUCGGCAACAGAAGCCAUGUACAAUACCUAUCGUAUUGAUUCUCGAAGGCACCUCGGUGGAGGUGCUGGGAACAGUGGUCCUCCGGUCUUGACUGAUCAUAUCGCCCCCGACCUGCUUCCUGAAAGAUCCCGCGUUUUCGUUGAAGAAAACGAUCUCGUGGAUUGGAUGAGUGAGCGUCGUUCGCUUCGUCAAAAUGGCAUGUCUAAGGGCAUUAAAUACUUCACUAUUGAGGAGAAUUCUGCCGCCGAUUUGUAUUUCCACGCUUUGGCUCAUCGCCAACUGGUGCAAGUUCUCAAUUUCGAGUUCCCCCAGGGAUGCAGUAGCGGCAAGUCUGCUGAUGCUACGAAAAAGUAUUGCUUGUUCGCUUCAGUGGAUGCCUCUCUCGACAAGUCCAUCACAGUCAAAGCAGGAAUGACUUACAAGGACGUCCUGAAUCCUGAUAUCACCGCCCAUUUGAGCUUGUCCGUGAGUCUCAAGAAGACCAGUGACGCCGCCGUACUCGAUCUCGAGUUCGAGGCUGGUGGCUGUGCUGUUGUCUUCCAGUUCGGCGAAGGUGUGAGCCUGUCGAUCAACGUCUGUAUUUACGGCAAAGCUGGUGGGAAGUCUCUACUUCAGCCCGAUAACCGAACCUUCCAUGGAGAAGCCGGUGUAUCUGUAUCGUUCAAUGUGAAUCUACCCACGGUGGGUAGUGUCAUCAACUGGACCAUUGAGGCGAAAGUUAACUGCACGGCUAAGCCUCAUAAUGAGAUAUCUGCGUACGGGAUGAUCGGUACGAGCGUUUCCCUCAAAGUUGCCGGAGCUGGUGUGUCUCUCGACAUCAAGGGCAACACUGUUGAACAUAUCGCAAACCAAUGGGAGUUCGCAUCCAACGUCAACUUUAAUGCCUUUGUUGGAUUCUGGAAGUUCAAGAAGACGUGGGAGAACCAUUGGGAGUUGUGGCACGCCGGUCCUGUCAAGUUCUGAAACAUUCUCUAAUUCAUUGUUUCUCAUAGUUACUACUACAACCAUAUAUUAGGUUGAUUAUUCUUCUAUUAUUUAUUCACGUCCAGUGAACCAUGUCUCAUAGAUGUUGAAGUGCUCAACUCACUACUGUUCAUGUUUAUCUCUACUUCAUCGUUCAGAUAUGUCUGUUUUAUACUCGUACGAUUUCAUAUCAAGUUACUCUACUCCAAUCUUCGUGGCCUGGCUGAGAACCAAAAGGCCACAAUUCCUGCGGUUAUGAUAAGCCAGAUUAUAACCGGUUCUGUCGAUGG